GAAGAAGCAGAAAAAGAAGAAGUAGAAGAAGAACUUCGGCUGUGACGUUGCGGCAGGAUGGGGCGGGCGGAGUGGGCUGGCGCCGGGAGAUUCGAGCCCUGACCGCGGGACUGACUGCAUUAACACACUACAACCGGACCCGUUUGACUUGUUUCUUUGGAGCCAUGGGGUUACCUUGUGUGAUCUUCCAGAGCGGGAUCAGCAGCUGUUAAACCUUCACAUCCAUACAGAUGGAGGCCAUGGAGGUGGACUCCCCUGUGGAGAUGCAGGGAAGAGGCAGCAGGCAGCCAGUUGCUGCUGCAGCUGUGGACACCAACGCACCGCACGUCAUCUCAGACUCCGGCAGCAGCACCGAGGUGGACGAGGAUGACGAUGAUGGCAAUGAAGGAGGACAGACAGCAUCUCGUGCGCCGCCCAGGCUUCCUGCCACCUGGGCGUUCAGUCAGAGAGCGUUGGGCGGCGCUGCGUCCACACCUUCAGCAGCUCAGGGGGCGCCCAUACGGAGGAGACUCAGGCAGGGCCUCAGGGUGCACUACCCCAGCCAGACUGCAGCGCCCUCCAGAGGCUUUCCAGACUUCCUGCUCCGAGCUCCCGCUGCCAGCGUGGCUGAACCAGAGUCCGGCAGCACCACAGAGGUCAGCGAGUCUGACGAGGAGGAAGAGGAGGAGGGCGAUGAAGAAGGCGCACCUGCUGCUGCGCUGCCUGUCGACCCCGUGCAGCCUGCCAGUCCUCGCCUCAACGCCUCCAUCCAACACACGCAACCACUGGAAGCUGGUCCAACCACUGCAGAUGGUGAGAGGACAGAAGCUCAAAAUCAGGACGUCCAGCCGGUCCCUGUGGUCUCGGCUUCUGUCCAGUCGUCGCACAGCGAGGAGGGCGAAGGCGAUAGCUGCACCAUCUGCUUCGAGGCGUGGACAACAGCGGGCGAGCACAGACUGUCGGCUCUGCGCUGCGGACAUCUCUUCGGCUUCACUUGCAUCCAGCGCUGGCUGAAAGCUCAGGGCCCGGCCGCUAAAUGUCCACAGUGCAACAAGAAAGCAAAGCGUUCUGACAUUGUUCUGCUGUACGCUCCAAAGCUGAGAGCGCUCGACAACUCAGAGCAAGAGAGCUUAAAGAAGUCUCUGGAGCAGGAGCAGUCUCUGAGGAGGAAGGCUGAACUGGAAUCAGCUCAGUACAAACUGAAACUGCAGGUCGUCACCAACAAAUAUGGACAAGCACAACAAGAGCUGCAGGAGCUGAGGACUCUGAUGGCCCAGGCUGGUAGAAGCUCAGUUCCCUCCUCUUCCUCCUCGUCCUCCUCCUCCUCGGCGUCGACCUCGCUCCUCCUCGGCCUGUCUCAGUCUAGGACGGCCCAGUACAGUUUCUCCAAGGCGGUGCUGCUGUCUCAGGCCGGAGGCUCCAGGGUUUUAUCCUACUGUGAACCUCUGAGCUGCUUGCUGGCCUCGCAGCCUUCCCCUCACUCCACACUGGUGCCUGGUUGUGGGGUGAAGAUGGUGAGUGUUGUCAACAUGAAGGCGAGUCAGUACGUUCCCAUCCACAGUAAACAGAUCCGAGGUCUGUCCUUCAACAGACAGAAUGACAGUCUGCUGCUGUCUGCUGCUCUGGACAACACCAUCAAACUGACCAGUCUGCUGACCAACACGGUGGUUCAGACCUAUAACGCAGGUAAACCCGUGUGGAGCUGCUGCUGGUGUUUGGACAACAGUAACUACGUCUACGCAGGUCUGAGCAACGGCUCUGUGCUCGUCUACGACACCAGAGACACCAGCACACACGUCCAGGAGCUGCAGCCGCUACGCUCCAGGUGUCCGGUGGCGUCUCUGUGCUACGUCCCGCGGGCGGCGUCCAGCUCGUUCCCCUGCGGCGGGCUGAUCGCAGGCUCUCUGGAGGGCGGGUGUUUCUGGGAGCAGGUCAACGAGACCACAUACAGACCGCAUGUCCUGCCGCUGGAGACCGCCGGCUGCACUGACAUCCAAGUGGAGACGGAGAGCCGACACUGUCUGGUCACCUACAGGCCAGGACGCUCCAACCCGUCUCUGCGCUGCGUCCUGAUGGCGCUGAACAGGACGCCCCAGCAGGACUCGAGUCAGCUGCCCAGCUGCUCCUGCUCUCCGGUGCAGACGUUCAGCGCCGGCUCGUCCUGCAAACUGCUCACCAAGAACGCCGUUUUCAGGAGUCCGGGCGGAGGCGGGACGCUGGUCUGCGCCGGGGACGAGGCCUCCAACUCAACCAUGGUGUGGGAUGCAGGCAGCGGCUCUCUGCUCCAGAAGCUUCCGGCCGACCUCCCGGUGUUGGACAUCAGUCCGUUCACGGUGAACGGUGAGCACUUCCUGGCCUCGCUCACUGAGAAGAUGCUGAAGCUCUACAGGUGGGAGUGAACGAGAAGGACUUUCGCUGGUCUCCUCCAGAACCCACACAGUCCCAGAGCACAAGGACGGGACGCAGUCUGUGUGGGACCGUGGAAAAUCAAGUGCUGCUGAACUUUUAUCUGUACGUUUAGACACGCAAAACGUACGUGUGAUCGACCUGAGGAAACAUUUCACGCAUCCACGUUACUGCAUCUGGACCUGCACCUGAGUCAGGUGUGUGAGAAAUGUAGCUGUGUUAACUGCACCAUGCCCCCAGUAAUAAGUUUACACGAGUCAAAGGCCAAAUUAUUAACGUAUACAUGAACACACUCGUUGAAGACACGGCCGAGUGAACAGAAGCUGACCUUCUGUCCAGUUGGUGGUUAUCGGGCGUGAGCGGGUGAAGUGAUACUUUGGUGGAGCAAAAUGGUGUGAGUCCUGCGGUUAAAGGGCCGACAUACCAGUGUGUGUGCCAGUUGUAGCUCUUCAACUACAAAUCAUGUAUACUUUACAUAUUUUAUGACCAUUUCAGCCUGAACAGCGUAGUUGUCCACGCAGCCAUUGGUCCCCAUUCAUUUCUGUAUAGUAUGAAAAUCAAUUAGCAGACAAUCAAUCAGUUAACAUCAAGUCUGGGGCUGCAACUAGCUAUUAUUUUCAUUAUCACUUAAUCUGCUGAUACCUUCUCGACUAAUCGCUGAAUUGUUUGGUCUAUAAAAUGUGAGAAUAUGGUGGAAAAUGCACAUCGCAAUUUCUUAACGUCCGACGUGACGUCUUCAUGUUUCUUGCUAGUACGACCGGCAGUUUAAAACCCGAAGAUAUUCAGUUUAUGAUCACAAAAGACAAAGAAAAGCAGAAAGUUGUCACAUUUGAGGAGCUGGAAUCAGCAAAUAUUUGGCAUUUUCGCUUGGAAAAAAAAGGGACUCGAGUUGUUCAUCGAUUAUCACAAUAGUCGUUUCAUCUCUAAUCAAGUCUGCAUUCAGUUGCUACAUUAUGGUUUCAUGCUAAUGCAGCAGGCACAGAUUAAUUUGAGAAGAAGCUAUAUUGGCAGUGUUGAUAUAAUCAGAAGAUUUUUAUCUUAUCACAGAUAUAUUGACAUCAGCGUAUAUAUCGGUAACAACGAAUGACAAAGAUGUGUUUUGAGGUCAUUUAGAAACAGUGUCUCCUUUGCUCACUACGUAUCUUCACUGAAGAGAAGAGUCUGCUAAGAGAUUUUUAAACAUCCGGAAACGAAUAGAAACUAAUGGCUGCUUCGAAAAGUAGAAAAAACGCAUCAAAAUGUCUAAAGCACAGCAGCAUGGUUUGCAAAAUGGUUAUCUGUGAUGUAAAGGAUGAGGGAUUCGUAGUAAAAGGACUAAAUUAUGCAAAACUACAGGUAUGAUCCUCUUAAGGAACUGAUUUUUACCACAUUAAAGGACCAUUACCACUGGUUUAACUACAGCUAGUGUCCAAAUCAUAUCAUCGCUUUUUAGAUUAAUUUCCCUCCUUCUAGGCAGCCAGUUUAUUUGUAUGAAAACUAAACCUGGAGAGACUUGAAUGGCUGUGAUAUAUAAUUAUAUACUUGUUUGUUGCUUUCAGAUUUGAGACCAGCGUGCCGAACGGAGACUUUUUUUUCAUGCAAAGACAACAAAAACGUUCUUUUAACAGUUCAUGUUUGCCCAUAUAUUGCUAUUUUCUGGAUUUGAUUUAAUGACAGUUAGCUGGUCACUGCGGGGGCUCUCUGCAGUUUGGGAUGUCGGAGGAUCCUUGAAUCCACCGUGAACAACAGGUUAGAAAAUGAUCUGUUUGCAUCAGCAUCAACACCCAAACGUUACUUUGACAAAGAUGACUUAAUGUUCACUGUCAGCAAGUUUCACGUACUGAAACGAACUGAAGUCAGUGGCCGUCUGAAAGGUUUGAAAUCAGUGCAAAAAACUGAUGGUGUGAUUUGGAAAAUGGUCAGCGGUGAUGUCAAGUGUUCGUGAUUUGUAGUUAAGGAGUUAAAAUAUAAAGAAAAUCCACUGGUAGAUUCCUUUUGAAAUAACUGUGUCCAGGCCACUUGAGACUUUUCUCCAAAUCCAGCCAAACGGUGUGACAGCAGGGGGGGAUGCUGGGAGAGAAGUCCGGGUCAGAAAUCGCCAACAGCCGCAUGAUGGUUCGGUUUUGGCUGCAGUCUGAAACGCUGAGUAUGUUUUACAUGCGCACUAGUGUCCUGGUUAUGGUCUGGUUUUUGGAAUAUCCCGGUUAUGUGUUGUUGCUUCCAGAAAGCAGUUUUGCUUCCUCGAGUUCUGUUGUAAAUCACGUAUACAGGGAGAUGAAUAACCAGGUUUCUCAUGUUCCAUGUUAACAUCAUAUCCCGAAUAAGAUCAAAACCAGGAUGCGCACGUUAACGCCCUCCGUGAAAGUGAUUUUUAGCCGGCGGACAAAUACAUGAGGCCUGCUCUCCAGAUCCUCAAGAACUGGUGAAAUGAACCCCCCCCCCUCCAAGUUGAACCAAAGCAGGACUUCACCUUUCAGCUCUGAAGCCUCCGACUCAAAAUGGCCUCUGUGACCCCCCCCCCCCCCCCCCCGAAGAACAGAAGUGCAGGAACUCCAGAUUCUGCCCACAUUUUCGCCCCACUCCUCAUUUUGAAUGUGCUGGAUUUAGUUUGGAUUUUAAUGACGGUUUAUUUAUAUCAUCUUCUGUCUGAUUUGAUUCUUUUUUUUAACUUCACUCCCCCGUCUGAGCCCGAACAUUAAGUGCCAAAACAAACCGCUGUGGUUGUAAAUUUCACUUUCCUUGUUUUCUUUAAGGAAGUUGUGUGUGUGUAUAUAUAUGUAUAUUUGCUACCAACUGUUUGUGUACGACUUCAAAGUUAAUAAAAAUUACAAGUUAUUUUUAAUUAAAA